GUGCAUUUUACCUGGUAUUUGAAUACAUGGACCAUGACUUGAUGGGACUGCUGGAAUCUGGUUUGGUUCAUUUUAAUGAAAAUCAUAUUAAAUCAUUUAUGAGACAGCUGAUGGAGGGCUUGGCCUAUUGCCAUAAGAAGAACUUUUUGCACAGGGAUAUCAAAUGUUCCAAUAUUCUACUAAAUAAUAGAGGGCAGAUAAAGCUUGCUGAUUUUGGACUUGCUCGGCUGUACAACUCUGAAGAAAGCCGACCAUAUACCAACAAAGUUAUUACGUUAUGGUAUCGGCCUCCUGAACUUCUGCUUGGAGAAGAAAGAUAUACGCCAGCUAUCGAUGUCUGGAGCUGUGGCUGCAUCUUGGGUGAACUUUUUACAAAAAAGCCAAUAUUUCAAGCAAAUCAAGAACUUGCUCAACUGGAACUUAUAAGCCGAAUUUGCGGGAGUCCUUGUCCAGCAGUGUGGCCUGAUGUUAUAAAAUUAGCUUAUUUCAACACAAUGAAACCAAAGAAGCAGUAUCGUCGAAAACUGAGAGAAGAGUUUGCUUUCAUCCCAUCAGCUGCAUUAGAUUUAUUCGAUUAUAUGCUUGCUCUGGAUCCCAGCAAGCGCUGCACAGCUGAACAAGCUCUUCAGUGCGAAUUUCUGCGAGAUGUGGAACCAUCUAAAAUGCCUCCUCCAGACCUUCCUUUGUGGCAAGAUUGCCAUGAGCUGUGGAGUAAGAAACGCAGAAGACAGAAGCAGAUGGGCAUGACUGAUGACACCACAGCAGCUAAAGUCCCUAGGAAGGAUCUGUCUCUAGGCACGGAUGAGAGCAGAACCAACACCCCACAAGGCAUGCAAACUUCUUCCCAACUCAAAACUCAGGGCAACUCUAGUGUAGCACUUGCGAAAACAAGCACUGGACAGCAGUUAAACCAGAAUGAAGUGGCAAUCCUGCUAAACCUGCUACAGUCUAAAACAAGUGUUAGUUUGGCACAGUUUGCCCAAGUGUUGAAUAUUAAGGUAAACCCAGAGACUCAGCAGCAACUAAAUAAAAUAAAUCUUCCUGCUGGAAUUUUGUCAGCAGGUGAAAAACAGUCAGAACAACAGCAGCAGCAGCCGCCGCCGCCGCCACCACCACCACCACCGGAACAGGAGCCUCUAAAACAGCCAAUGGUCACGCAGCCUCUUGUACCACCUGCUCAACUGAUUCAGCCUAAAGUUGAGACUGAUGCUGCCCAGGCAGCUGUGCAGAGUGCAUUUGCUGUUCUGUUGUCUCAGUUAAUAAAGGCUCAGCAAACAAAACAAAAAGAUACUGUGUUGGAAGAGAAGGAAAACGGUUCAGGAAAUGAAAUGUCAUUACAACUCAGGCAGCCUCCAGAGCCUACGACUCCUGUGUCUGUCAGCCGGGAUGAUGUGGAAUCUCCAGCACCUGUCUACCCACAUGUGAUCAAGUCAUUGUAUAUGUCUGCAGGUCAAGAGGAUUUGGUUAGGCAGUCAGAGAUGAGGCUUCUAAACCGAACACCUGAACAAGAACGCCCUCGGAUCUUGCCUCCAGACCAGCGUCCCCCAGAGCCACCGGAGCCUCCGCCUCUCACUGAUGAAGACCUUGAUUACCGGACAGAGAAACAGCAUUUGCCUUUAACUAACUCUUCAGGAACAGAUCCUCACGCAGGAGUGAAAGCAGCUCUUCUGCAGCUACUUGCUCAGCAUCAAGCUCAGGCGACAACGGAGGAGCCAGUACAAACAAACAUGGAUUAUCAGGCUAGAGACUCCUAUGUAACAGGCCCAGACUACAAGGAUAACUUUGGAUCAUCUUCCUUCUCAUCUGCCCAUUACGGCAGCAGUGAUGGCUUAGGGAGCGGAUCAUCAGGAGUAUUAGAAGGGAGGAGCUUCCUUGGAAACUCUGAUAUUCAGUCUUUGGAUAACUACAGUACUGCUUCAUCUCACUCUGGCGGUGCCCCUCCUCCGUCAGCCUUUUCAGAAUCCUUUCCCGGCUCAGUAACUGGCUAUGGAGACAUUUACCUCAACACUGGUCCCAUGCUAUUUAGUGGAGAUAAAGACCAUAGGUUUGAAUACAGCCGUGGCCCGAUCCCGGUCCUGGGGAGCGGCAGUGAUGCUUCUGCAGGCCCUGAGAGUACACACUCUUUGCCCACAAAGAUGCACAACUAUAGCUACCGAAGUAGCUUACAGGAAAAACCCAGUGGCAUCAGCCACAUGCAUGGACAGACUUGGACUUCUCCUGCCCAAGGACCUGGCUAUUCCCAAGGAUACAGGGGACACAUUAGCACAUCUGCAGUGAGAGGGCGAGGCAGAGGAUUACCAUAUUGAGUAUCUGUUUUUCCUCAGGCACAUCGUUUUUAUCUGGAAAAACUUUUUUUUUUUCCCCUAGCUGCAGUUUAAAGCAGCAGUUCAACAGACUUGAAUAAUGUUAAUUCAGCAGCUUUAUUUUUAUGUGGAAAAGGGUCCUGCAUACAGUAGGAAAAAUUAAAAAUGCUUAAAACUCAUUCUGUCUGAAAACUAGAUAAAUUGUACAUGUUGGCAAAUUCUAGUUCUGAAUUUUUUUUUGUAUUUUGGCAGUUUUAAGUGGUUGCUAAAUUUAGGGACAUCAGCUUUUUAUGGCACUCUUUCAGAUGUUCUGAACUAUGCACAUUUGUGCUUUUUUUUGUAAGUUUGGACCAACUUUUAUGUAAAAAAAAAUUUACAACAAUCAAAACAGGGCAAUGGUUUAUUUGGUAUUUUUCUUUUUACAGAACUACCUUUAGUCAAAGGUCACUGUCAGUCUUUGCACUGCUUUCAGUGUUAUUGUGGAAGGUGUACUUUGUGCUCAUUUCAGAUAAUAAAACACAACCUUUCUCUUGAUGCAAAAUUUUAUAAAUAUUUGGUCAAUGUUAUUUUUUUUCUUUUGAGAAAGAAAAA